UUUUUGUCAUUAUCUCUUGUUCUCCCCUGAGUUUCUGCCUUGGACCUGAUUCUUCCUCCUCAUCUCUUUCUUGUGUCCAGCCUCGGACUCCUGCCAGGACCCAGGACCAGCUGCUCAUGCCCCUGGGUCUUCGGAUGGCCCCUACAAGGUGACAGUGCCGACCACAAUGCUAUCCAGUCACUGGUGGCCAAGUACCUGGGGGAACCUGGGGCUAGGGCCCCGAAGCCCUUCUCCAGGGUCCCAGCUCUGUGCCCUCUAUCCCUUUUCUUAUACUGCGGCAGAUGGCCGGCAGGUGUGUCUGGCUGAAGGUGACAGGUUCCUACUGCUUCGGAAGACCAACUCGGACUGGUGGUUAGCAAGGCGCCUGGGAGCACCAUCUACCUCUCAACCCAUCUUUGUCCCAGCUGCCUACAUGACAGAGGAAGCCAUUGCUUCCCAGAGCCCAACUAUUAUUACACCCAGCCAAUCGCUCUGGACUCCUGAGCCAAAGCUAUUUCAUAGCUCGCUGGAGGCCCUGCACCCACCUCAGGCACACCAGGCUCCAUCUGAGCAGCCUCCUCCCCUUCCCCCCAAGAUGUGUAGAAGCAUCAGUGUUGCCAGUUUGAGGCCCAGCCCCCUGAAGCCCCUCCAGGACGGGCCAAGUGGAAGAUCCCUCUUUGAGGAAGAUGCAUUGACAGAAGCCAAUGCCAACAUGGCAGGACCCCAGCCUCUCAUGUCCGAGCCCGCCGUGUACAGUAACUUGGUGGACCUUCGCCGCUGCCCCCGAUCCCCACCCUCAGACCCUGCAUGCCCCCUAUUGCAGAGGCUGGACGCCUGGGAGCAGCACCUGGACCCCAACUCCGGACGCUGCUUUUACGUGAACUCACUCACCGGCUGCAAAUCCUGGAAGCCUCCGCGCCGCAGUCGCGUCCCGGACACGGUGAGACCUUCCCUUCUGCCUGCCCCGUGGUCCCUCAAUCUCCUCCUUUCUCCGCUGACCCUCCAGGCAGUGUGUGUUCUCUCAGACCAAAAGAAACAGUCACUUGUGAGAUGGGUGUCGGGAGCAGUGAAGUGGCAUCUGAAUGUACCUUUACCCCCCACGCCGCCUCCCCAGGACCCUGGCUCCAUGGAGGGGACACAGACCCUGAACAGGGACAAUGGUGUCCUGCAGCCUCAGGCAGAGGGCUUGGGGUCUGGCACAGGGACCCUGGAACUGCCUGACCCAGAGGGGUCCCCCUGCCUGGGCCAGCGCCCCGCCCAGCUUGUGCCCUCUGCCCAGCCGCCAGCCUUGGCGCGCCGCCGAGAUCCGCCGCAGCUGCUGGAAGACCCCCAUGAGGUGGAACAGUCGGGUCUGCUCAACGUGACCAGGAUUGCUCAAGGGGGGCGCAAGCUCAGGAAGAGCUGGGCCCCCGCGUGGGUGGUGUUGGCGGGCAACAGCCUGGUGUUCUACCGCGAGCCGCCGCCGCCGGCGCCCUCUGCUGGCUGGGCUCCAGCGGGUAGCCGCCCCGAGAGCAGCGUGGACCUGCGCGGGGCGGCCCUGUCUCACGGCCGCCACCUGUCCAGUCGCCGCAACGUCCUGCACAUCCGCACGGUCCCUGGCCACGAGUUCCUGCUGCAGUCGGACCAGGAGAGCGAGCUGCGAGCCUGGCGCCGCGCGCUGCGGGCGGUCAUCGAGCGGCUGGAGCGGGAGAACCCCCUGGAGCUGCGUCUGUCCGGGUCGGGACCGGCGGAACUGGCGGAACUGAGUGCCGGGGAGGAUGAGCAAGAGGAGUCCGAGCCGGUGUCCAAGCCGCUGCUGCGGUUCAGCAGCCGCCGGAGCUCCAGUCGGUGUCCCGAAGGCACUGAGCAGAAUCGCGUGAGGAACAAGCUAAAGCGGUUUAUUGCCAAGAGACCGCCUUUGCAAAGCCUUCAGGAGCGGGGCCUGCUUCGAGAUCAGGUGUUCGGCUGCCAGCUGGAAUCCCUGUGCCAGCGGGAAGGGGACACGGUGCCCGGCUUCGUGCGGCUCUGCGUUGCUGCUGUGGAUAAAAGAGGUCUAGAUGUUGAUGGCAUCUACCGGGUGAGCGGAAACUUGGCAGUGGUCCAAAAACUCCGCUUUCUGGUGGACAGAGAGCGGGCGGUUACCUCUGAUGGGAGGUAUAUGUUCCCAGAACAGUCAGGGCAAGAAGGUCAGUUAGAUUUGGACAGUGCUGAAUGGGACGACAUUCACGUGGUCACUGGAGCCCUGAAGCUUUUUCUCCGGGAGCUGCCCCAGCCUCUGGUGCCUCCACAGCUGCUGCCUCAUUUCCGUGCUGCCCUUGCGCUCUCCAAAUCAGAAGAGCGCCUCUCUCAAAUACAAGAAUUAAUUGAGUCGAUGCCAAAGCCCAAUCAUGACACUCUGCGGUACCUCCUGGAGCAUUUAUGCAGGGUGAUAGCACACUCAGAUAGCAACCGCAUGACCCCCCACAACCUGGGGAUUGUGUUUGGACCAACCUUGUUUCGGCCAGAGCAGGAGACAUCUGACCCGGCAGCUCACGCGCUCUACCCUGGGCAGCUGGUCCAGCUGAUGCUCACUGACUUCACCAGCCUCUUCCCCUGACUCGGGCAAAGAGGAGGAAACGUUUCCUAAGGAUCUGUUGGGUGACUUAGGGGUGGGGAGCAGGAUGUUGUUUUAAGAACAUUCCUAUAAAACCCUGUCUCCCAGUGA